CAGACAUUUCUUCUAAUUACUUGGAUUUUAGCUUUAUCUCUAGGGUGCUCCAACAGUCUUUUCUGUUAUGUAGACACCAGAAUCUUGGAAUGGUGGCUGAUGCGCAGAGCUCAAAUUCAAUGGCUGGCAGCUCAAGUUCUGCUGCCGAAAAGCACGUUGACAGGUUGGUCUUUAGUUACUUAUCUUCUUCGAUACAUUUUCAUUUGCUUAGCUACAUGAGUUACCUAGCUCUCCUAGUUCACCUCUUCAUGAAUUGUGACCAGUUGAAUGACCUUUUUGUUGAGCUCAGCAGUAUGUUAGAUCAUGAUCGACAAAAUAGUGGAAAAGCUACAGUAUUGGGUGAUGCUGCACGAGUACUGCGAGAUUUAAUUACUCAAGUUGAAUCUCUUAGAAAGGAGCAAUCUACUCUUCUAACUGAGCACCAAUAUGUCAGUUCAGAGAAGACCAAGCUGCAAGAUGAGAAUACUACACUCAGAGCCCAAAUAAUAGAACUGCAGAACGAGCUUCGUGCAAGGAUCGGAAACAAUAGCGUGAAUCUAUGCAGCCUUGGGGUGCCACAUCCCAUAGGGAGAAGCUACACUACUAAUUUAGCAACCCAUCCAACGUUGCAUCGCGGCCUCAGGAGCACCAGCUCUUCCCGGGGACAUCAGCAUCAUCAUGUUCCCGGCAUAGAAGCAACCCAGUUACUUCUUCAAGCCUUGCGGAUUCCUUACCUGGACAGCUUCACCUCAGCCUUCCACCAACAUCCCAAGAAGAAAGCAGCGGCGGCGGAGGCGCACCGGGAAACAGAAAAGAACGAAAUACAGGUUAGCCAAUUGACGGGUUACAACAAAUCAGUUCUUGGUGAUAACAGCUCUCCUGUAAAUACCAACAAGCUACUCACCUUACUGGUCCAAACCUACUAG